UGAUCUUUGUGUUUAUCCUGAGAUUGUAUCUGCCUAAUGUAUUAAGGAUGAGAAGUCUAUGCAUUUGACUCAGUACCCAAUCCUUUAGUACUGGACUAUGGUGAUUGUUAUUACUCCAUACAAUCACAGUGUCUUUUUAUGAGGGAGUAAAACUGAUUAUGACAGUAGCAUACUGGCUAAAGUAGUACAGUUAUCAAUUACAAUAGUCUCAAACAAAGUAUGAUUUGCUAUAGUACCUGUUAACCUGAUACACUUAAAUCAUUAGAGCAAAUUCUACAGUUAUGUAACACAACCCUAUACAUACCAGGACCUUGGAUGAGAUGACUUUCCUCUUAGCAGAGAGAUUUAAAAAAAAAAAAUUUUUUUUAUUUUAAAGAGAACAGAACAAUGCAAAUCAAACAGAACAAUGCAAGCAACACAGCACUUCACAACAAGAAAACUGGGCAUCAACAGUAGCUACCAUAAUGUCUCUUUCCUUCAAAAUAGUUGAGCAAGCAGAGAGAUUUUUAUGAUGAGUAGAAGAUAACAAAAAGAAAGUUAAAUCUUAAGUCAUGAAAGGAAAAAAAAAAUAAAAGAAAGAAUGAAGUGGAAAAACAAAAGAAAAAUAUCCACUAAAAAGUAAACAAGACAAAACAACAGAAAACAAAACAAAAUACCAACAACUGAAUGGAAGAAGAAAAAUCAAUCAAACAAACAAAAAAUGAAUGUAGUAAACUUCCUUUGGUGUGUUCAUUUGUUAUAGUAGGCCCAAGUCAGAUUUCAGAAAUGUUUUGCACUACAGGCAGGCUUACUGUGGGAUUUGUAACUGAUAUGAGGCUUGACCUCUGAAGGUGGGGGCUCAGACUGGUCUUCUGUUGUUGGGAUUCUCCUGCACUCUUAGAUAAAUAAUGGCAGCCCCACCUGCACACUUGUAUUCCAUGGGUCGGUCUGUCGAAGCAUACUGCUACAAAUUUCACAUGUAACUGGUUCCAUCUUCUCAUCAUCUGUGCACGUGCUAAGGACUUGCCAGGUUUUCUGCCUGGGCUGGGCAAGCAUGUAUGCCCCUGCUUGGGCCUUUGUGCUUGGCCAUGGUUCUCAGCUGAGCUGGGGCUGCAUGUGCCACCCAACCUUGGCUAAGGUGUCAUGUUCUCACUUCAGGUUUUUGUGAGUUCAUGGUAUCAUGAGUCUCAAUCUUCCUCUUCACUGUAUCUGAUGAUUUAAGAGACAGUGAAUUUUGAGGAUGUAGCUGUAAACUUCACCUUGGAGGAGUGGGCUAUGCUGGAUCCUUCUCAGAAGAAGCUUUCCAGAGAUGUGAUGAGGAAAACCUUAGGAACAUGGCUGCUGUAGGAAAAAAUUAUGAUGAACGACAAAUUGAACAUGAAUACUAUAACUGCAGGAGAAAUUCAAGAAAAGAAAAAAUAAAGAAAUGCUUACAAUAUAAAUUAAAUAGUCAGCAUGAAGAAAUGAAAUUUUGGACUCCUGAUAUUAAUAUGAACUUGAAACCAACAGGUACAAAAUCAAGUGAAAGGUUUGCUUGCAAAAAAUCUUUAAUUGGUAAAUCAUUACCAGAAGUUCCCAUCACAGUCAACACCACACUCAAAUCAUGUGAGUAUCAGGGAUUUGAAGAUGGAAAUACCUGCACUGACAUCCACUGCAUUCACAAGCAUGCAAACAAAAACCCUGAAGAGAAACCCCAUGGAUGUAAGCAAAGUUUAAAAUCGUACUCUGAUCUUCCUGAAGGAAGCAGUACUGAAGAGGAGUUCUUUGUACUGGAGCAAGAUAUGGAAGCCUUCAGUACAGCCAACUAUUCUCAAAUAGGGGAAAGAAAUCCAGUAAAGUGAAUGCCUGUGAAUGUGUACAAUAUGAAAAAAGUUUUAACUCUCAGCAUGAUAUUGAGAUACACGAAAGAGCUAACACUAUAGAAAAUCACUGUGUGGGUUAACAGUGUGGGGUAGUACUCAGCAAUAACAUUUCAUUUUGGAAAUGCAAAAAAACUGACCUUGUGAAGAAACUCUAUGUAUGUAAGCAAUGUAUGAAAGCCUUCUGAAAGCAUUUGGCUUACAGAGUCAUUGUAAAAAUCAUGAAAGAAUGCACAUUGAGGAGAAACGCUAAGUACGUAACUUCUGUUGGGAAACCUUCACCAAACACAACCAUUUUAAACACAUAAACGUACUCACAGUGGGUAAAAACUGUCAAUGUAAAGAAUGUGGGAACAUUUUCAACAAAAACAUUCAUUGUCAAAACACGCGAGUAUUCACUCUGGGGAGAAACACUAUGUACAUAAGCAAUGUGCAAGUGCUCUCAAGAGACAGUCAUUUCCAUUGAUGUGAAAGUUCUCCCAGAGUACUAAGCUUAUGUAAUUAAAUAAUUUUAAAAUGCAUAAACUGUGUACACGUAUUGUGAAAUUUGUGAAAGAAACAACAGAUGAAAGUCUUCAGUAAUGUAGUAAUCAUCACAGGCUUAAAAACAUAAAGGAAAAUUAUAUGUGAAGAUAUAACUUACCCAAACAUUAAAAGACAGUAGAGAGAAGUCUUCUAUGUAAGCAAUUUAAUGAGACUUUCAGUACAUAGGUAAAUUACUAUCUAAAUGAAGGAGUAAUUAAUGAAGAGAAUCUAAACAUGUGAGCAAUAUGGGAAAGGGUUAACGUUUCUGAAUGCAUUCAAAUAUAUGAAAAAUUCUCAUGAGCAAAGCACAGGUAUGCAAUUAAUGUGUCAAACCAUUAGAUUUUUCCACUUACUUUGAAAUAGAUGAAAUUCAUACUAAACAGAAUCCCUAUGUGAAUACAGAAACCAAAACCAAAAAUGUGUGCACACAGGGAGAGUUGUCUCCAUUUUCAUGUGACCUUGCUUGUAAAUGUGGCAGUUCAUAAUGGAGAAAUGCAUAUCAAAGUAUGUUUUUUGGGGGUAUCUCUUGUCAUCUUGGUUUCUUUCAUAUUACACGUAAACACAGUUCUGUGAGAAAGCAUUAAGAGAGACACACACAAGUCUUCAUUUGUCGUAACAAGGCACAUUGGAUUAAAUUCCUGUGGAUGUACAAUGUUCUCAGUUAUUCUUCAGAGUUUGAAAAUUUUUUGAACAUUUCUUAUAUAGUGCAAAUAUAUUCAAAUAAAUCAUGUAAAAAGUAA